AUGGCGCAAUCUUCUCAGCUUACAGCCCUUUACGCACCGAUCAACUGGGUCGCCGAGGAGAAUAUCAUCUUUGGACCUUUGGCUACCCCUUUCCUCGACAGCUGGGUUCAGAGAGUUCUCGAUGAAAAUUACUGGGACUGUUCCGAGGCCUUCACGAGGUUGAUCGCAAGAUUCAGGCUCCUUGUUCGGCACAGAGAAGACUUCGUUAAGGAAUGCCAAGGCAUUGAAUACUGGUGUCCAAACGGGAAUUGGCUUCAACCUCCUUCUGCCCGACCCAAGGUGGGAGAACCGGAGCUCCCGACUCCACAGGAGUAUGGCCAUGUCCAGCGACCGUAUGGUCGUAUUGGCAUUGGCAUUGACUCAGGCAAGAAUAGCUCGUCUAUUGCUCUCCUUGUCCCGCCUUUUAGACGUCACGAAUUACCUGCGAUGGAGCCGCCUGCUGAAGCUCGAGGACCCCCUUCGAGAUUCGAUACUAGGCUGUUGCCUUUGGGACCGAAUACCUAA